AACGGCGAGCGCCCGCACAGGGGUCUCCGCACGGCCGCCUUCCUCCGAGCUCGGCAGUGGCGAAGCGGAGCCGCCGAGGCUCUAUCCUUCGAUCGAGGACGAGAGUGGAGCAGACAGAAUGUGGAAUUUGGCCCGUGUGGCGUGGAAUCUGCGGCAGUCUCGGAGACUGUCCUUUGCGAUUCCGCCUUCCAUCUCUGCCACUCAAAUCGAUCCGUCGUUCUUUAAGCGGGGUUUGCCUUUCACCACAUGUAAAGGUUUUUCCACCCUCGAGACUCAAGAAAGUGGAGGCCUGAUUCCGUCGGAGUUACUAACAAAGAAGAGUGUUCUUAGGCCAGAUCGUGAUAUAGGGCAAUAUGCAGACUUAGUUACUAGAGUGACAAAUUUUCAUGGUGAGGAUAAGGGCUUCAUGGUUUUGGCUGGUGAUGUUUUCGAUGUGCCUAUUAGGAAGGAUAUUAUCCACCGUGUUGUAAGGUGGCAGCUUGCUAAACGACAACAGGGUACACAUUCGACAAAGACUAUCAGUGAAGUAAGUGGGACUGGUAGGAAACCAUACAGGCAAAAAGGAACUGGAAGAGCUAGGCAUGGGACUUUGCGUGGACCUCAGUUUAGGCAUGGUGCCAUCAUGCAUGGGCCUAAGCCACGAAGUCAUGCAAUUAAGCUGCAAAAGAAGGUUCGGCGCUUGGGAUUGAAAAUUGCAUUGUCGGCUCGAACAGCUGAAGGCAAGCUUAUAGUUUUCGAGGACUUGGCAUUACCUAGCCACAAGACAAAGAAUAUUGUCAAUUAUGUUGCCCAGAUGGAAAACACGAAGAAGGUUUUGUUGGUGGAUGGUGGUCCUAUAGAUGACAAGCUGAAGUUGGCGACAAGAAACCUGCAUUAUGUGAAUGUACUGCCUUCAAUUGGACUGAAUGUCUAUAGCAUCUUGUUGCAUGACAUGCUCGUGAUGACUCAAGAUGCUGUUAGCAGGAUCGUUGAGCGGAUGCAUACGCCCAUUAACCGCUGAUGCAAUACCAAUUAGAGAAGGAACUUCAUGUACCUUACCAUUGCAGGAAUUUUAUGGAUGAAAUAAACCAUGGCUGACAGGGCGUCAGUUAAAUUGUUCUUAAAUUUUUUACUUUCAACUUGCCUAGUCUGCUGUACUGUCACCAUCCACAUUGUCAAGCUGGCUUAGCAAAAGGAACUUGACCUGCCAUAUGUGUGUGCUAGGUUAGCUUGAGACUUCCGAGAUGGGUUUAAGCUUGUUGUAGAUGCCUAAUGGUUGGUAGAUAAGAAGUGAUUUACUUUGUAAACUGCUGCUGUUAUUUCCACAUUAUUGAUGUAGAAUGAGGGUAUUUUUUUGGUA